GAUUAUAGAGAAUGAACUAAGCUUGCCGCCUGCGCGAUUUACACCCCAAGUUCGCGCGUUUAUAAUUUUUCAUUCUAAUUAUAUGUUUAUAUAUCGAGAAAAUGGGUGCUUAUUUAUCAGAACCCGUUACUGAAAAAAUAUCAAGUGAUGAGUCAAACAGCAAUCUCGAAUGCGGCGCGAGUUCCAUGCAGGGGUGGCGUGUCAACCAAGAGGAUGCACACAACACAAUUUUGGACUUUGACUUGAAUACAUCAUUAUUUGCUGUAUAUGAUGGUCACGGUGGGGCUGAGGUAGCGACAUAUUGUUCCCAGAAUUUACCAAAUUAUAUAAAAAACACAGAAGCUUAUAAGAAUGGAGAUUUGGUCAAAGCAUUAUCUGAUGCAUUCCUUGGAUUUGAUGCCACUAUUGCCUCUAAAGAGGUUAUGGACAUUUUAAAGGAAUUAGCAGCAGGUGAAAUAAAUCCUCCUGGUCCCAGUGAUAAUGAAGAAUCCGAAGAUGAAAGUAUAAGUAAUUUGUAUAAAGAGGCACGCCUGCCACUUCAGGAAAUUCCUUUCCAGGAAGUAUUGGCUAAAUAUGAAAAUAAAUUAAGUACACUACACCGUGCCAGACUUGGUGAUACAAGUACACCAUUGUCUCCUUGUUUGAGAGCAAAGAAAAAUGUGGAUGAAGCAGGAGGUUCAGCAGGUGCUGGUGCGUCAAGUUCCAGUUCAGGAUUAAUUUUCGCUGCAGGAUCAAGUACAGAACAACCUGUAAUUGAAGCUUCAUCAAGCAGCAAUGGAUCAACUAAUUCACAAGAAAAUAAUGGUACCAGUAAUACAGAAGAUACUGGUGGAGUUUCAUCCACAAAUUCAAAUGAUGACAAGGAGAGAAAUGGAGAGGUAUCCACAAGUGAGCCUGAUGAAAAGGCCAAAGAAAAAAUCUCAAUGGACUUAGAAAAGACAGCACCAGACAGUUCAGCAGAUAAUUGCCGUCAGCCAGAGCAAAGUGAAAAUUGCAAGGUAAAAGCUGAUACCAAUGCAGCAUCUGAAGUUUGCAAUGGGGAAGUUACAGAAUCAAAACAAGUUGAGGAGGAGAAUAUAACAUCAUCGAAUGGCUGCAACACACCAGAAAAUGCCAAAGACAAAUUUCCAGUAUCAAGCACAGACAAAGCAAUUCCAGAGAGGCCAAAGAAAUCUAAGCUGAGGCGUGCUGCAGCAGCUGUCUAUGAAACAUUGCUCCGACGAGCCUCGGCUGAUGAUGAUGACAGUGACUCAAAUGAUGAAACCUUUGAAGGUGGUGAAGUUGAUUCUUCUGAGGAAGAAAAUGUUAAUGGAGUAGAAGAAUCAUCCAAUGAUGGAGAAGCUGAGGAAGAGGAAGAUGAUGAAGAGGAUUAUGAAGCAGACUCCAGUGAUGAGGAGUGUGAAGAUGGCAUGUCACUGUCCGAAGAACCAGGCAAUGAUAGUGGCUGUACUGCAGUAGUAGCUUUACUGAGAGGAAAUGAGCUCUAUGUUGCAAACGCUGGUGAUUCCAGAUGUAUUAUCUGUAGAGAAGGAAAAGCUAUUGACAUGUCAAUAGACCAUAAACCAGAAGAUGCACCAGAGCUUGAAAGAAUAACGAAAGCUGGUGGAAAGGUGUCAAACGAGGGCCGUAUUAACGGCGGGCUAAACCUGUCCAGAGCCAUUGGUGAUCAUUCCUACAAGCAAAAUAAGGACUUGGACGCUACUGAGCAAAUGAUAACAGCUUUACCAGAUGUGAAAACAUUAACUAUAGAACCUGAGAAGGAUCAAUUUAUGGUGCUGGCUUGUGAUGGUAUAUGGAACUUUAUGUCUAGUCAAGAUGUGUGUGACUUUAUCUUACCAAGAUUGGCAGAGGGGAGAGAAAAAUUGUCACAAAUAUGUGAAGAGAUGUUUGAUCAUUGUUUAGCUCCAAGCACAAUGGGUGAUGGGACAGGCUGUGAUAAUAUGACUGCUAUUAUUGUACGAUUCAAAGACGGAGUCAUUGUUGAUGCUGGACAACACAAAACCAACACUGAAGCUCCAAAGAAGAGGGCAGCUGAAGAGGAACCCAGUGACGAUCAACAAGAUUUAAAACGGCAAAAGAUUGAAGAUCCUUUGUCCAGUUCAAUAGUGACUUCAAGUGUUUAAACUAGCAUUUAAGGAUAGAAAUGACUAUUGAAAGUUUGGUGAAAUGGUGAGUUUGAUAAUUUAAUAUCUUAGGGAUUGUGCUGUAUAAUGGUUUUCUUCAUUUAAUUCAAAUCAAAUUUAGAACAUUUUCUUUAAACAAUACAUUGCAAACUUGGAAGCAGCAAUCAAGAAAAAUUUAUUAUGUAACUGUAAUUAUAAGUAUGGCUUUACUUCACAUAAAUAUUGGAGAUAGAAAUAUCUUAACACAUGUAAUAAUAGAUAUAGACAAACAAUACUUGGAAUUUUUGUGUACCUGCUAUGUUUUUUAAGUUUGAUACAAGCAUUGUAUUACUGUCUAGAAUUUUUCAAUGCAUUUCUUAAUAAUAAAAUUUUCUCCCUAUUCAGUUCAUUUCUUAACAAUGUCUUGUAAUUAUAUUAUUUUCUCUUGGUCAACAGCCCCAAAGAAAUAGAAUGGGGUUCUUAAUUAAUUAUGAAUCAGAUGAUCUUCAAGCUUAUGAAUAUGAAUAUGGUAUGUUUCAAUUAAAAUAGAUUUUUGAAAACAAUUGAUUUAGACAUUUAUAAUUUAUUAUAGAACUGACUUGAUGAUAAUAGUAUAGUGUGUAAGUAGUAAAUGUAAGCUGAGUUAGUAUUUGAUUACAACUUCACUUUUUAUGGAAGAAGUUGAGUUUCUUUUUUUCAUAUUAUGUAGGGAUGACAUGCAGUGUUUGUCUUUUUUUUUCUUACAUGGGUCAUUUAUAUUAACUUUAUGAUUUAAAUAUUUAUGUAUUCCAGGAUUAUAAAGUUAAUCAUCUUGAAACUAUUUAAAAAUAGUAUUGUUUGAUAGUUUUGUUUAUAUAUUGUAUUUCUUUAAUAAUAUUGUAACAAAUCUAGGUGGUAAAAUAGUACUCGAUAUAACAUGGAAGGUAAUUUAUUUUGAGAAUAUUCUCUUUCAAGAUAAGACAAACUUAACAGUAUGGUAUAAACUAUUGCUUAAUCACUCAUAGGACGCUGUAAAAAUAUUUUGAAUUUAAUUUAUCAUGUGAUGUAAAAUGUUGAAAAAAAUUAUAAUUGUUAUAUGUACCUAUUUUGACAUUGGCAUGUUCCUAUAUGAAAAUCAAUGUGAUUUGAGAUGUGCAUGUUAAAAUGCAUUACUCAACAUGUUACUCCUUGUUAGAUAUGUAUGUGGUUUCUAUUUUUGUUACUAGCAAUACUCUUGACAAAUCUUAAUAUGGCUAUAAAUUUGAAGGUGAUCCCAAUUUCUUUUUUUUUUUUUUUCAUUUCAUGUGUGUAUCAGUAAAAAAUACAUUU